AUGAUCGUCAUCUUGCGGUUUGGGUGUAUUGGCGUCGGGAUCUUCCUCUUCGUCAUUUAUAAAUUCCUACAUGCAGGUACUGCCUCCGGCUCCGAGGAGGUGUUUCGCUUUCCGGAGACCCGUUUGGUGUACGAUCGAAUGGAGAGGUACUUCAAGAUCUACAUAUACCAGGACAGAGACCCCGGCGCGUACUUUCAGUCGCCGAGGGAGCUGACGGGGAUGUACGGGAGCGAGGCCUACUUCUUCAAGAAUAUCAAGGAGAGUCGCUUCCUCACCACAAAUCCUCUUAAGGCUCACUUCUUCUUUAUUCCCAUUUCUUGGCAUCAAAUGCGCACCCAGGGAACAUCUUAUGAGAAAAUGAUCAGUAUAGUUGAGAAUUACGUGGAGAGCAUAAUCUCAAAGUACCCCUACUGGAACCGAACUGAUGGAGCUGAUCACUUUUUUUUGAUAUGUCAUGACAUUGGUUUGGAGGUUGCUGAUGGAGUUUCAAUAUUUAUUAAGAAGAAUCCAAUUCGACUUGUGUGUCCAGCUACCUAUGAUACUCAUUCUAUUCCAUACAAGGACAUUCCCCUCCCUCCAGUACAUGAAUCAUUUUCUUCAUCUGUUGGAAGGAAAAGGAUUGAUCCCUGGGCAGGCAUUCCCAAUUCGUUAAUAAGAGCGAGUCUGGAAGAACAGUGGAAAGAUGUUACUGAACUUGAAUCUGAACGCGUGUGGAAUAAUACUGCUGAAGGAUAUCUGCUACUUCAUGACAAAAUUCACAGGACAAAGUUCUGCAUAUGCCCUCAUGGAUUCCCAGCCAAUACUGCCCUUAUAGCAGACUCCAUCCGUUAUGGAUGUAUUCCUGUUAUCUUUACAAGCUACACGGAUUACCCAUUCGCUGAUACUCUUGACUGGAAAAAAUUUUCAAUAAUACUAGACGUGGAUGAUGUGAAUCGGCUCGAGGAAACUCUUGAAGGCAUACGAGAAGCAGAUUUCAUUGUAAUGGAAAACAACUUACGCAAGGUGCAGAAGCACUUCCAAUGGAACUCACCUCCACUCAGAUUCGAUGCAUUCAACAUGAUCAUGUACGAACUCAGUGUGCUCGCCAAUGUUUGA